UCCUGCUCCAAUCAGUUCUCCGCUCUGGGCUUCCAUUUCCAUUUCUCCUCUGGAGAUAAGGGCUGGGCGCGGUCCACAUCUCUCGAAACCCACACUGUGGAGCGUUACGUCUGGGCUAUGUCAGAGUGUCCCUGGAGAAGGGCCCUGUGAGCGAGCGUCCUUGGCAACGCGGCCUCCCGCCGCCCCUCCCGGAGCUGGGCGUGCGCACUGCAGAGCUCAGCUCCCCGACGGGUCCUGCGCGAGAACCCCGACUCCCUGAGGCCGCCCCGCACCUCCCACGGUUAUUUCCCCCUGGAAUCUGCGCGAUACGGAGCAGCCUUCCAUCGUAUCCAAGGUCACGUCUCCCUCUCCGAAUCCAUGGCCGUGACGACCUCGCUGCUCCCCCACGUCACCCGGCCCUGUCUCCCACAAAGCAGAGAAUUCAGGAGACUUUCGCGAGGCAUCGACAAGUUCUGCUUUGUGAGAGAAGACGCAGACGCGACCGCGUCCAGCGGACGCCAUGGAACGGGGCAGGGAGGGGACAGCUGCUGCCCGCGACGCCUGGGCCGGGUGGGACACUGCAGCUGGGGAACCCUGUGUGGGCAGACGGUCGGAGAGAGGGCAGGGGGCGUGGACGCGCUUGCAUUUCCAUGCUGCUUUAUCUUGACGCUGCACUGGAUUCCCACCUCCUGGUGAGUCACCCAGCCCGUCUGCCCCUCUGCACACGCUCUGGCUGCUGGGCUUGUUCCUGAAGAUCAAAGUGGACACACAGGAACUCUGGCGAGCAGCUGGAGAACUCAGGGCGUACCGCAAGUAACGUUCUCGCUCCCACCCUCACUCCUUACACUUUCUGCUGAGGUUCCUCCCUGGCCUGACAGCACCCGGAUGUGUCCCAGCAUCGCACCUAGCAGGACCGCAUCGGAUCUCUCGGCCUUUGCCACAUCACCCCUUCUUCCCCGGCUUUGCCUGUACAUGGCGCCCUACACACCUGUGGCUCAUCAGGAAGCAGGGCGUCAGCCACGAGCCCGCCUUCCCUUCCCUUUGACAUCGGACCAGCAGGAAAUCCUGCGGCGUCUGCACCCCAAAUGCCCUCCAAACCCACCAGCUGGCUUUGACUGCCGCUCUCCGCCGUGGGCAUGGGCUGCUGCUCUGCGGAUGGGGGCAGUGGCGUGCGGGGAGGUCUCCCCUUCUCCUCACGCCCUCCCCGGUGAGUUCUUCACCCGCAGCCAGCAGCCAGAGUGCUCUUUGGCAGAUGGGAAUGUGGCCACAGCAACACCUGACGUGGCACAGAAAGCAACGGCCCGGCUGCCCACGGGGCUCCAGCCUCUGCUGUCUGCUCCUCUCCCCGGCGGGCGGCCUGUGCCUCAGCAGUAUUGGCCCCACGGCAACCCUCACGAUGUGUGAAGUUGUGGGCCUCGGGACCUUCAUCGUGUCCCCCCAUUUUUCCCGGCAGGCUUUGCUGGUGACUCUGCCAGCCCCGCUGCUCCAGUGUCAGGUCCCAGCCGAAGGCUUCCCUCUUCACACCGGCUUCCUGGCACUCUGAGGGGCCGGCCCACUGGUUCUCAUCCUAGCUCCGUCUCAGGACCCUCAUGGCAACCUGCUCAGCUCACAGCUGUGGUUGUCCCUCCAUAUCCACAAAGGGUUCGCUCCAGGACCCCACACGACCCAGAAAUCUGUGCAUGCACGACUCCUUUGUAUAAAGGGUGUAGUAUUUGUAUAUCACCUACUCACUUCCUCCUGUGUCCUUCAAAUGACCUCUAGAUUUCUUCUGAUGAUGACAAUGUAAAUGGCUUCUAUGCUGCACAUUGCUUAGGGAAUGAAAAAAAAGAGAGUCUGUAUGUUUAAUACAGAUGACUUUUUAAACUUAUUUAUUUGUUUAUUUGAAAUGCAGAGAUACAGAGAGAGAGAGAAAGAGAGAGAAUCUUCCAUCUGCUGGUUCCCUCCUCACAUGGCCACAAUGACUGGAACUGGGCCAAUCCAAAGCCAGGAGCCAGGAGCUUCCUCCGGGUCUCCCACGUGGGUGUAGCGUCCCAAGGACUUGGGCCAUCUUCCACUGCUUUCCCAGGCCACGGCAGAGAGCUGGAUGGGAAGUGGAGCAGCCGGGACUAGAACCAGCGCCCAUAUGGGAUGCCGGCACUGCAGGCAGCUACACCACAGUGCCAGCCCUGAAUUUAUUUUCUGAUCUGAGAUUGGUAGACCUGGCGGACCUCGACACUGCAGGGGUGGAGGGCUGACGGCACGUUUUGUCUUCUCGUUCACUGUCUCUCUCCGGGAAACUCUGCGGUGUCUGGCUCCAGCGCGGCAGAGUCAGCACGGACCCUGGCCCCCACACAGGUCAAGGGCACGAGUGGAUGCCCUCGCGGAUGCUUUCCUCUCUGGUGCGUGCUUCUCAUUACCAAGGGUGUACUGUGCUGACCGAUGGGCAAACAGUGAUUCUGUCUACUUCAGUUAGGUAAGCUCAGAGCGGAACAAAGCACCUGUGCGCGGCCUGUGGCUUUGCUUUUAGGUUCCAGAUGAUGACGGCAUUCACGCAGGGCCGGUCUCUGGGACUCCUCCUAGCCGGCAGAAGUCUUAGACCCCAGAACCGAGGACCUCUGUGGGAUGGCUGUUGCUGUGGUUUGAUUUGGUCUGAGCGGGUGCCCGGGGUCCUGUAUUGGAAGCUCGGUGGGCACUGUGUCCACAGGAGGGGCCCAGCAGGAGGUCCACAGGUCAUGUGGGUGCUGCCCUGGAAGGGGUCAGGUGUUCUGCGUUGUUGAAGAGUGCACCUGGCUGCGCGCCUCUCUCUGGCUGCUGGCAUUGCUCUGUGACCUCUUCCUUGUGUGUGCUCACGGCAGCAAUGCCGUCUUCCACAGGGCCCCUGCCACAGGCUGGACCGUGGGGACGCCGGGUCUGGGGCGUUCAGCUUCUGAAACCGUGAGCCAAGUCAGCCUCUUUUCUUUACGAAGUAUCUAGCCCAGGUGUUUGGUUACAGUGACAGAAGAUGGAGAAGACAGCUGUCCUUGGAGCAGCUAACCUUUUUCAUCGGGCUGAUGCCUGGCCCCAAGUUUCCUGGGACACUCGGAGUCUCCUAGCCCGAUCUUCACUUGGUUAUAGGCUUUAAAAAUGCAGAGACGCGCAUUUUCUAGGUGAGUCCGUCUCUGAAGACGACUCGUCAGAGAGCACAGUUGUGAGCUUUUGUCUUGGCAAGUGUGGGGCCGGCCCGCUGCUCUUCCCAGGGAAGUUAACAUAAAUGUUUAUUGACAGAACAGUCAUGGAGGAAAUAAAGUUGCUGAUUCAUUGCCUUAUACCGAACCCUUUGUUUCUCCCUCCUCUUCCUUCCUCUUUAUAAAGAGGCACGCCACGGGACAGCACGUUCUGGGGACCCACUUGGUGUGCGGUCUCCUAGUUGCGUGCUCCUGCCUCCUCCACCUGCAGAUCCUAAGUGCCGUGGCAGUGGCCUGGGCCUCCUGCUUCCGCCGCGGGGGUCUCAGAGGAGCCAUGGAAGCUCCGGGGCUUCCGAAGUUGGAGCUGAACGUCCCCAUGGUGACGGUGGCCCUGUUGGUGGCUCUCCUGGCCCUCCUGAAAUGGUACUCCACGUCGGCUUUCUCGAGACUGGAGAAGUUGGGCAUCAGCCAUCCCAAGCCCUCCCCUUUUAUUGGAAACUUGCCGUUCUUCUGCCAGGGUUUUUGGGAAGGCCACCUGGAGCUCAGAAAGCUGUAUGGGCCUCUGUGUGGGUACUACCUUGGCCGUCAGAUGUUUAUUGUCAUUUCUGAUCCAGACAUGAUCAAGCAGGUUCUGGUGGAGAACUUCAGCAACUUCACAAACAGAAUGGCCUCCGGGCUGGAGCCCAAGCUGGUGGCUGACAGCGCUCUGUUCUUGCGGGACAAGCGGUGGGAAGAGGUCAGGGGUGUGCUGACUGCGGCUCUCCACCCCGAGAGGCUGAACGAGAUGCUGCCCCUGGUCAGCGAAGCCUGCGACCUUCUCCUGGCUCAUUUCCAGCGUUGUGCAGAGUCCGGGGCUGCCUUCGAUGUCCAGAGGUGCUACUGCUAUUACACCACGGACGUGGUUGCCAGCGUCGCCUUCGGCACCCAGGUGGACUCCCGGGAGGUGCCCGAGCACCCCUUAGUGGAACACUGCCGGCGCUUCUUCCAAGUCAGCCUCCCCCGGCCUCUGCUGGCUCUAAUCUUGUCGUUUCCGUCCGUGAUGGUCCCGCUGGCCCGGAUUUUGCCCAAUAAGAACCGAGAUGAACUGAAUGGCUUUUUUAACCAACUCAUCAGGAGCGUGAUUGCCUUGCGGGACCGGCAAGCGGCAGACGAGAGGCGGAGAGACUUCCUGCAAAUGAUCCUGGAGGCGCAGCAUUGCGCCCGCCCCGCGAGCUUGGCGGCCUUCGACAUCGUCAGCCAGGUGCUCCCCGCCGAGAGACCAGGGGCCGCUUCCCUGCAGCACCCGCCCGCAGCCUUGUCCCAGCCCUUGACCGUGGAUGAGAUUGUGGGCCAGGCCUGCAUCUUCCUCAUCGCUGGCUACGAGAUCAUCACCAACACGCUCUCCUUCGCCACCUACCUGCUGGCCACCAACCCUGACUGCCAAGACAGGCUUCUGAGAGAGGUAGACCGGUUCAAGGAGAAACACCAAGUGAAAGGUGACUCAGAGAAAGAAAAAGGCACAUUGAGCACAAACCUUCACCAUCUGGGGCAGCCCCCGAAACCAGACUGGACUCAGGAGAGCUGCAAAGCCCCAGGAAGGAGUCGGGGUCAGAUGGCAGGGGCUGGAAGGGACAGAGGCAGCCAAGAGCCAGGGCUGCCCCGGCAGGAGACUGGCAGAGCCUGGGAGGAGGUCCACAUGGGGUGGAGGGGACAGUGGGACAGGCAGCGCCAAGUCCAGACCCGCCAUUCCUUCUAGAUAGGUGCCCCCUGGAGGACUUGCAGCCUGGGCUGCGUGUGUCUGCGUGCUUUGCUUUGAUCUGUGAGUUGUUAAAGGGAAUCAUUGUGAAAAAUCCGUGCUUGUAAAGCAAGAUCACCGUAACAGAACCCUCCCGUGACCUUUGGAAGGAAUCACUGGUGUGUUCACAGCUUCGGAAGGUGGCCUGUUCUGUUACUAGAACUACUAGAAAAAAUUUUCAUACAAUGAGCUGGAAACUACUUGCCAGAAAAUUCCACUUCUCUAUCCUACUGGGGAAGUCGAGGCGUGAUCCGUCCCUAGCACUCCUUAAAUACUUGAAAGCUGCGUUAACUGUACUACUAAUGCCUCAGCUUGUGGCUCAACCUGAGUUUGUGGUCAACUUCAAGUUCAAUGUCGUUAGGACAAUUGCCAAGCCACACCCCUCCACCCCCUGCUUAUACAACUGAUUUUUUGAGCCUAGAUGCAGGAGUUUGUAUUUAUCCUUAUUACUGCUCCAGUCAGUCAAAAUAAUUUUGAGUCUUGAUUCCGCCAUCUGUCACAUUAGCAAUUCCUGCGGCGUUGCGUCAUCCGAGACUUGCUAAGCGUGCCUCCUGUCUCACCCAAGUCAUUGAUGAAAUGUGGAGAGGACAGGGCUUCCCUCCAGACUGACACGGACCAGCAAUACUCUGAGCACGGAGUCUCUACAAGCCACGAGCCCACACAACCGCGCCGCCCAUCUUGCCACAUAGGUCGCUGUUUGUUUAUUUUUAAGUUGGGGUGGGGGUAGAGACCAAAAUCACUGGGGUACAUGACCGCAAGAGAAACAGGGGAGCCGGAAGAACACGCACCUAUUAGGAUGCGUUUGGUCGCAGGUAACAAAACCCCAACCCAAAUGCAUUCAAGAAAAACAAAGCAAAAAUCCCAACCAAACACUAAGGGAUUCAGACGCGUUAGUGCAGACGAUGAGCAGCGCAGGGACAGAUGUGGCCUCGCAAGGCUGUCCAGACCUCACAGAGGUGCUCAGGACCCACCUUCUCCCACACCGCUCCUGCUGUGUCCUCACGUCGGCCCCCUCCGCAGUCCUCCUGAAGCCUCCUGGGCCUGCACACCUCUCAGCUCACGGCAAGCAGCGGAGGGAGGUCUGUGGCCUAGAAUUCCCAGCAAGCGUGGUGAGCACCGCUCCGACUGGGGCACUGCCGGCUCUCGACCCGGGGUUGCGGUCAUGGGAAGGAGCGGGGCCUCUGUGGGCUUAGGCCAGUCAGACCCCAGCCCUGGGAUCAACCACGCUCAAGUCGUGUGACUCCCCACGGGAAGCACAGAGCUUGCUCAGGAGAGCCGCAGAGGGAGUGCAGCUCCCCGCUCUCAAGCAAACCAAAGACAGGGCGCGUGGACGCCUCCGAGGCAUCCCAGAGUGCCCAGGGGCAGAAGGGACCAGGCAGAGGCUUGGGGAGGGGCAAGGAUGCUGAGAGGAAGAAGUCAUGGUCCUCAGACGCAGGGAGGCCAACUGCCAAGUGCAAAUCCCUCGGCGCCUUUAAGCACCUCCCUUCCCGAUGAAACCCAUGAGAGCAAUGGUAGGCGGCAACCAACCAAGUCCAGGACGCAGGGCUGGGAGGCCUUGCCCCCAGCCACGUCCCCUGUCACAGUCAUGUUAAUCCGUGAGGAGGGCUCAGCGAGGGUUUCCACCCAAGGCCCCGUGCAUGGGCCCCUGCCCGUGGCCUGAUGCCGUCUUAAACUCUGGCUUCCUUCACUGCCCCAGCCUAGCAUGGGGCCCUCAGUCCCCAGGAAGCGGGAGUCGGGCGCAGGAGGGAGGCGGUGCACACGGGCUCUCCGACGUGGGAGCGGGCAUCAGCCAGCCCUCCUGCUAAGCCCAAGGUGCACUCCAGAGACUGUCUUAACAAAUGAACUCUGUAGCCACAGCUGAUCACUGCUUUGUUUUGCCUUGCACGAGGUACCCAUUCAAUGAGUAUUUGUGUGUUUUCUUUUCAAGUUUUUUUUCACCCUAGUCAGAGCUCUGUUAAUAUGGGCCAUCUGUCAGGACAUGGAAAUGCAGAUUACAUGUUCACACAUUAGAUAUUUUCCCGAAAAUAUUCCUGAAAAUUUGCAUGUAAAGUAGGACUUGUUAGAAUAUUCCUGCUGCUCUCCAUUCAACAAAUAUUUCUUGGGUGCCAGUUAACGCCAGCCGCGGGGCUGCAGACCCUGUACACCAGGGCUUUGUGGGCUCUCUCCUGUGACACCCUGGAGAGCACACACCCACCAAGAAGACCCACCAAUGAGGUCACUGGUUUUUGUUUUUGUUUUUGUUUUUUGAGAGAGAGAGAAAGCUCCCAUUCCCUGGUUCAUUCCCCAGAUGCCUGCCAUGACCUCCAAAUGGGGCUGAAGCAGAGCCAGGGCCUCACCCAGGUCUCCUCUGUGUGUAGCAGGAAGCUGGAGCCGGGAACAAGAGCCAGGCAGUAACCCAGGUAACGGAGGCGGGACUUGGGCAUCCGAACCGCUAGGCCACCCACCAUCCCCGGGCACCCGUCUGAGCACUGGCAUCUCUUCCCCUGGGCCAUGUCCUCCGGGCACCCGUCUGAGUACCCCAGUCUCUUCCCCCAGGACGUGUCCCCCUAGGCCACCCGCCGUCCCCAGGGCACCCGUCUGAGUACCGCGUCUCUUCCCCAGGGCCGUGUCCCCUAGGCCACCCGCCAUCCCUAGGGCACCGUCUGAGGGCCGUGUCCCCUACAGCAGUGCCCCGCCACCCCCGGGCACCCGUCUGAGCACCGCGUCUCUUCCCCAGGGCCAUGUUCCCCAGGCCACCCGCCAUCCCUGGGCACCCGUCUGAGGGCUGUGUCCCCUACAGCAGUGCCCCGCCACCCCCGGGCACCCGUCUGAGCACCGCGUCUCUUCCCCAGGGCCAUGUUCCCAGGCCACCCGCCAUCCCCGGGCACCCGUCUGAGGGCUGUGUCCCCUACGGCAGCGCCCUGGGAAAAUGUAGAGAGCUUCAGCCCUCCCCCAGGGAAACGAGAGGAUAGUGCGGCCUCUGGUCAGGUCAGGGAGGGAAACGCAGGCUUACCGACUG